AUGGGAAAAACGUUCUCUGAAAAAGCAAGUUUGGCCAUUAAACUUGCCAAUUUAGAUAGUAACCAAUUAAAGUUGCUUAAAAAUCCACCUAUACCUGGCGUGUCAAUAGAUGAAUUUCUUCCAAAAAAUAGGCCCAGACGAAAAUCUUCAGUUGUAAAAAAGGCAAAAAAGCCAAAUUAUGCAAAUCCGUUUAUUCUGUACCGUAGAUAUUAUGAAAAGCUUGAAAGAACAAAAAAUUCGGGAAAAAAACUUCCAAAAAUUUCAGAGGCCGCUGGACGAGAAUGGGAAAAUAUUAAAACAACAAAAUCUGAAAUAGUUGAAUACUUUAAAAUAAUAUCGCUAAUUAACAAGGAGUAUAAAAAAAUGAUUUGUCUCGAAGGUGAUGAUAAAGUAAAUUAUAAGUGGAAAUCAUACAAUGUUCCAAAUGAUAAUAAUGACAGCAACAUUAAUAACAUUGCACAUCCGUCCACAUCGUCAUCUCCCACAACAACAUCUCCCACAUCGUCAGCACUUUUAAGCGAUGGUGAUAUACAAAAUGAACAAUUGCUUCCGGAAUAUCAAUCAACACAUAUUAACAAUAAUGAUAAUACUGGAGUGAAUGUGGCAUAUGAUAAUAAUAUAGGGACUGAGCCUAGAACAACAGGAUGUACUCAACAACCAGAUAUUAUACAAUCUGAAAUUAUUAACCAUGGAUGGUUUGCUAAUGGUGUUAGCAUUGAACCAGAAUCAACCCAACUUCAAGUAGGCCAGAGCGAAGAAAUCAUUGAGCUAUUAUUUUUAUCUAUUAUGGGAUCACAGAAUUGUUUAUAA